CCUAAAAGAAUCUUGAUAUUCAACAACUCAACUCAAAUAAACAGGGGGCACAUUUUAUGAAAACAUGGCGGAAGCAAUGAAAGCUACGGUGGCUUCUAUGCUAAAAGGCAUUGAUAGAUAUAAUCCGGAAAAUCUUGGCACUCUCGAGCAGUAUAUUGACAUUCAAGCAAGAGAGAAUGCAUAUGAUUUGGAAGCAAAUUUAGCAGUUCUUAAACUGUACCAGUUCAACCCAGGACGAUACUCUCUUAAUUCAGUCCAGUUAAUACUGUUAAAGGCUCUUACAAACCUACCUCACACUGAUUUUGUGUUGUGUAAAUGCCUCAUAGAACAACAAUAUUUAGAGAAAGAAGAAAUCAAAAGAAUUGUUUAUUUGCAUGAGCUUCUUGAAACAUGUCAAUUUCCUCAGUUUUGGCAUCUUAUCCGUAGUAAAGAUACAAAAAUCCCAGUUGCUGGAAUUACAGGAUUUGAAGAUUCUAUCAGAAAAUUUAUUUGUCAUGUCGUGAACAUCACUUAUCAAAGCAUUGGGAAAAGCACAUUGUCUGACUUUUUGGGAGGAUUAUCAGAAUAUCAAUUGACGAAUUGGAUGCAGAAGUAUGGUUGGAAAGACCUUGGAAGCUUAGUUGUGAUUAACAAUCAAGAGGAAAAUAUUAAAACAAAGAAUAUUACAGAAAAGAUAGAUUUUGACAGUGUGGCUGCAAUCAUGUCACUAACAAGAUAGUUUGUAAAAUCAGUUUCGUGAUAUGUACAUUGUGAAAUUAAAUUCAUUUUUAAAAUCA